GUAUUCAACCCGGGCUAUACAGAUGUGACGCUACAGCGUGGCUCUAGACGAUGGACAGUUACUCAUUUGUCCGACCUGGAAAAUUAAAAUUAAAAGGUGAGAAGAAGAAAAAGCACCACAAAAGACAUCACGAAUCGAAACCAAAGGUUGAGAAAACAGAACGUAUUUUGGAAGCUGAUGCUCAUGGUGGCUGGUGGUCUGUGAAAGAAUUCGAUGAAGUGAAGGAUUCAAUAGCAAUACAAGUUUAUGUUGCAACUGAUAAACCGUUGAUGGCUGAUGGAUUUGAAGCAGCUACACACUCUGGACAGGAUGCUAAUGACAAGGAGUUUACAGGUGCUUGUUACUUAUCAGCUACCGAUGAAGGUUUGGUUGUUAUCGGACCACCAAGGAAGUACGGAGAACCACCAGCUCCAGAAGAGAUUUUCACCGCUAUGCAAGUUUCGGAUACUAAAGUUGCAUUUAAAUCUGGGUACGGUAGAUAUCUUGGUGUUUCUACCAAAUCCGACGCUAUUUUGGCAGCCACAGCAGAUGCUGUUGGAGUUUUUGAACAAUUCGAACCAAUUUUUCAAGAUGGUCGUAGUGCUAUGUUAGGAGCAAACAAUUGUUUCCUUUCAGCUGAUCCGAUUACGGAUGAUAUUAUAUUCAAAAGUCAACAAGCCAAAACCAAUGAAAUGGUUAUUUUUCGUUCUAAUAAACCUCUUAUCCAUGAUCCUUUAUUGGAUAUACCAGAAGAAGAACGUGAAGGCUUGAAAAAAGCUGAAGUUAAUUAUGUACGUAAAUUCCAAAGUUGGCAAGAUCAAAAGCUUCGUUUAAGCAAAGAAGAUUUCAGUAAUGUAAAGCGCGCUCGUCAUUCUGGCAAUCUGUAUGAAUGUCUACUAGAUCGAAAAUAUGUCUUACGCAUCAAAUAAUAAUCAAGAACCUGGUGCAGUUUUGUUGGACGCUGAUUAUCAUAGUGAUCCACUAUCUACUAGUGGUGUUCCCCAUAAAUUUGGUCACAAUAUUUCAGAAGAGUCAAACUUCGAUCACCUUAUAUCAAUUGUCGUUCACCCUCACCACUCAGUCACUUUCAAUAGAUCCUCUGUUCAGUACGACAAAUAUGUCUUAAAUAAAUUCAAAUUAAUUGUAAGUUGGGCACAUGAGGAUCUAACACUGUUUCGUGGGGGAGGAUGAACCCAGAAAAUUUAAAAUCCUGAUCUUCAAAAAGGGGAGGUGUUGUGUCUCGAUGAGAAUAAUGAAUGACGUGAAAAAAUGAAAUCAGAUCGAUACUGUAAAUAAUGAUAAUUCAUCAUGUAAAUUUUAAUUGUCUUUUUUACGGAACAUGUAUUAUUCAUUCAUCGGUUGUUGAAAUCGUCAAGACAGGUUUUAUUCUUUACCAUCGGAAGAUAAUUUAUCUUAAUGUUUCUUUCUUUCUUUGUUAAUAAAUUUUUUCAAAAUUUUUAGUUUUUUUUUUUCUAAUAAAAUUCUGAUAGAUAU